CCUCUGUCGGGACCAUCCGCAGCCAAUGACUGAGGCUUAACACAGUGACCGAUGAAUCGCGUCAGUCCUAGCUCUGUGCAUCGUAUGGUCAGUCUGCAACAUUACCUAGCGAAUGGGACGGGUGAUUGACUAACUAGACUUGAUCAGAUCAUCUUAAUGGUGAGUAGGCUGAGGAGUAAGGCAAUGCGUAUUUUUUUGUGAGGGUGGCCGAUUGCGUUCUGGAACAGGUGCACCUUGAUGCUCUAUCAGGUCACUUGGGGUUCAAGCCAUCAGAAAUGAGAUCGCAUUGACAUGGCUGAUUAUUCCCUUCCCAGUGCUGACAUGGCAACAGAGAGGAAAGACUUCUUCUCCUCUCAAGGCUCUACUUCAAAGGGCGGUGGGGUGCAUUUCACUGAUCAGGAGGAUGCCAGCACGGGACCUGAGUGUUCGGACGAGACCCGGCCUGACCGCGUCAUCAGUGCCACCCCAGAAUCUGACGGGACUUACCUUGUGAAGGUGGGAUUCCUGAGAAGCCAGCACCGCUAUGAAAUCGCCUUCAACCUCCCUCAAGUCCCAUCAAUGGCCAAAGAUGCCACGCUGUCCCCGGCCCUCCGCACCUCGGCCAAGCCUCGCCUCCGCGCCACCCGCAUCACCCCUCGCCAAGAAGGUGGAAUGAAAGUUGUGUGUGAGUACAGCACCCAGCAGGAGGGGGUGCUGCAGGAGGAGUUGACGCUGGUCAACCGCAGCAGAAGGGACGGCAGCGUGCGGGUCAAACUUCAGGCCAGAGUCAUGGACCGUCACCAUGGAACGCCACAGUUGAUGGAGGGGGUUCGAUGCAUAGGACCAGAGAAGGAGGCCAACUCAAAACAGACCGACCGGAAGAAGAUUUGACCGCAGAAGCCAAGUUAUCAGCAAUAGCCGAGUCACAUCAACACACACUGCAGUCUGGACUACAGCUCAAAUAUACUGUACAUAUCAGCUUUACUGAACAGCAAUAGCAUAUCUCUAUGAAGGACUUAAAUACUUACAGAACAGAGCUUAAUAGAUACCCUCUGGUCAGUAUUUUCAUGCACAAUAGCCACAAAUUUACAGUAAUAUCAAAUACUGCUAUGAAUGCUUGCUACCCUCCCUUCUCCACUUUCUUUGCCAGUGUAUGCUGACCUUCUCCCAUCUGUCCACUGAGCAGUGAGCACUAUGCCAACAGAACACAAUGCUUUGCUAUGCUUCCCAUAUAUGAGUCAAAAACACUCUUUAUUCAAAAACAACCCUUAACUAUAUUACUCAAUACUCAUAAUAGUAUUUGAUCCACUGCAUUUGGACCACUGCAUUUCCAUUGUGAAUCUCCUAAUCCUUUGGCCUUUGGAUACCACUAGAGAUAUUCUCUUUACAGUUUGCUCAGAUAAUAUCAGUUGUGUUAUUUACCAUGGAAGACCAAAUAAAAUCAGACCAAA